AUGGCCAGUGACUGUCGGUUUGUUUACCCCAACGGCAGCAAGGUGUCCACCCUCCCAUCGAGCCCGCCGCAUCCCAACCUGGGUAGCAGUGAGAGUUGGAGGGAAAGGCAGCACCAGCCAUCUCUCGUCCACAAGGUGUUUGUCAUCAUCCUCACUCACCAUGGAGAGCGCCAGCCUCGAAUGGCCAUGACCCGUCCCAAUCCAUCGGUUGCCACCGCAAUCGCGAGCCAGUCCAUGGCCAGCCCAGGCAUCCUCGACCAUACAUUGCAAAAUGAUGAACCCUUCUCUCCGUAA